UAAGAACCAGCACCCAAUUUCACAUUUUUCACUCCACAACCGUUUCGAUUUACUCGCAUCCUCCUCGCUUCUAAGAGAAGUUCGGAAGAAAGGGUUUCGAGGGAACGCGGGCCGAGACAAUGGCGGACGAUGCAACUGCCAAGGCCGAGAGGGACCGGAUCUUCAAGCGGUUCGACGCCAACGGGGAUGGCAAAAUCUCCGCCGCCGAGCUCGGCGACGCGCUCAAGACCCUCGGCUCCGUCACUGGGGACGAGGUCAAGCGCAUGAUGGCCGAGAUCGACACCGAUGGCGACGGCUUCAUCUCUUACCAGGAGUUCACCGACUUCGCCCUCGCCAACCCGGGCUUGAUGAAGGAUGUUGCCAAGAUCUUCUAAAUUAGAAGCUCUAAAGGGUCUUUGUGACAUUAUGAUUGACCAAAAUUUUCCUAUCAUAACCACAUGGUUGAGGAACUUCAGCAAUUAUCAUAUCCACAACACAUCACGUUCACGUUAGCUGAAAGUUCCUUGCUGUUGUUGUUAGGUAAACAAAUCAAGUAAAUUGCAUUAAUCUCUUGUGUCUUUUC